GUAAGGGGCGGCCGCGCUCCCAGUCCCAGGAUAAUGCAAACCUACGGCGGGCAGAGAAGGAGAAAAACACUGCAAGGGCGUUGUGUGUACCAAUGGGCAGCAACCAAAAUUAUCUGAAAUGUUCCGAAAGCCUUAGCGACCUAACAGUAGAUAAUAUCAAUUACGUUUCGACAUAGGAUUUGUAAUCGGAGUGCUCUAGCACGGUGGGUCUCGUCUGCACAAGGUUGUCGUCUGUUUGUCUGGCUGCACCGCCCGUCCCGCCGCUGUGUGUGCUCCUGAAGUUUUCUCCCUCAUUCUCCGCCACAAUCCAGUGAGAUAAUGGAGCUGUUGGUUCUUUUUGCUGCCUGCAUUGUGAUAGGACUCUCAGGCGGAGAAAAUGUGAAGGUGUUAUAUGGGGAAAGCCAUCGAUUUUUUCUAAAAUCCCGUGCGGAGUACCUGUACUUUGAAUCUAAUGAUCAAUCUAGCAAAGUACCCCUGUGGACACGCAGCAAGCCUUCUGAUACCAAACGGGGUCAGUAUGACGGAUACGGGUUCUUCACGAUAGAAAAACUCACCCAAGCGGAUAAUGGAAAAUACACUAUACAAUCAAGAUUUAACACCACUUUGGAAACCAACAGAGUCGAUGUGUCACAUCAUGAAAACCUUUUCUCCAAAAAUGAGGGUGAACAGCUACAUUUUGAAUUUCCUAUGAAGCUAAAGUCGUACACUGUUUCCUACACUAACGCUGAUGAUGGAGAUGGAUGGGUCAUUUCCAACGAAGAAUAUAAAACCACACGCCACUUUGACAGGAGGAUGCAAUUACGUAGUACACAACAGUACACUUAUCUCGUAAUCGAUGACCUCAAAGCGUGGGAUUCUGGUGUUUUUUACAUUCAAGAUGACCAGGCUAAUCUGGCCGUGAAAGUGACCCUCGAGGUGGCAGCACCCGCCUCAACGUGGAUGAACGUCGGCCUUGCGUCUGGCGUCGUUUUCAUAAUGGUGUCUUGCUGCUUCUGUCUGAAGAGGUGCUGCUGUAAGAAAAGCUCCAAGAGCAGUGAAGAGGUCACCGAGGCCGCCGACGACCCUCCCCAACUCCAGGAGUACAGUGUCAUGCCCCCUCCACCGAGGUACCACAUGGAGCCCAUGCCGCCGUCCGUAAGCGGUGGUCCUGUGUAUUCAUACCGUCCGGUCGCCCCGGCGGCGAGCGCAGUGGAGGUUAGUGCGUUUCAAGCGGAUCCACGGACAGCCAACGCCUCCUGUAGCCCUACAAGUCAGACGGUGAUCUCGGUUCCCUCGCCCCCCGUGCCCUUCACUGCCCCUUCGGCCGAGGCGCCAGCUACAGGAAGCCAGGCUGGUACUCAGGAUAGCUCCUUCGGCAGCAACUUCCUGUCCUCCGAGACCGAUCCAUGCUUUGAGAUGAAGGGCAUGAAUCUGGCGCCGCCCCUCUACUCCGAAUGCGUCACUGCGAACGUCUACACGUCGGACAAACUCAACUUCGGCUUCCUCUAAGGACUCCGUCGGGUCAGAUUCUCAAAGUUCAGGGAUUGCAUGAUUUACAAUAUAUUUAGCUAGUUUUUUUAAAGAGAUAGUGCCGUAUAUACUAACAGAGAAUAAACUAUUAGUGAGGUUAUCAAGCUAAUACGUAAACUUGACUUUUAUGUUUGAAACUAGCAUUUGACACCUGUUACUGUCUGAAACUCAGUGCGUUUACAUGGGACAGCUAAAUCGGAUUAUGCCUUAUACCGAUUUUGCUACUCGAACGGACCGUGUCAAUUAUCCGAACGUACAUGGCCUUUAGAGAAUCAAAUAAUGGUUGGAGCAUGGCUGAAUCCGUACCCUAGCUGGCGCUGUAGCCCUUUCAACGAGCGGUUAUAGAGCCACUUCCGGUUGACCUCUACGUCCAAGCAACAACAAACUCAGGCGGCAUUCAAGAAAGAUGUUUUCAGUAGACAGCUGUCAGUUCACUUCGGGUCCAUGUUAUUUCUCCGACGCUGCAUUGUUCAAACCUCUCCGUCGUAUGCGGACUCCUCCCGCUACUCCGCUGCCGGAGGAGUCCGCAUACGACCGAGAGGUUGGAGCGAUGGAUCGUCUGAGAAAUGACAUGGACCCGAAGUGUACUGACAGCUGUCCCGCAUACGGCAACAAUCCCUUUCUCCUCCAUGUAGCGUUUCAAUGUGGACUCAAAGCCAAAGUUCCUUUCCGCUAAUUCCUUCUCCGAGAUAACCCCCACUACGAGUCUUUGUUGUGGAAGUAGCAGAGAGUCGGAGAACAAGACGCAGUCUGUAAGAUUCAUAAUAUCAGAGAAUAUCCCCGUCAGUUCGGUCGCUGAUGAUGAUACACUUCUUAUAGGGUUGGUAAUGGUAUGACACCGGCUUCCUCCUGUUCUAGAUUACCAUGCGUCACCUUUAUAAAUAAAUCGCCAUUUCUCGUUUUCUGACGGCGACAACCAUAAUCAUCUAAAGAAAUAAUUAAAUAUUUAUAAAGAAAUAAGAAUGUUUAUAACUCAAUGGCGCCUACAACAUGACUACCGUCUCCUCUACUUCUGGCUCACGUCCCCCGGACGCAAGAUCUCGAGCGUGCGCAGAACGCGAAUCCGAUGUGCGAUACGAUGCGGGUUUACAUGCAGGUAGAAACCGAACUAUGAACGAGUUAUCUAGGUGUUCUUAUCCGAUUUCGCUUGUCCGUUCAUGUACCGAUUUCUGUCCGAGGUAGAUCAGGUAAAGGUGUUAACAUGCAUUUUAAAAGUCCUGUUGAGGUCUUAUUCUUUUAUUUACCCGAUAAUGACUCUGCAUGUAAACGCACUGACUAUGUGACGUGCAAAUCUUUACAUUUCUUGCGAUGGACAAGUGUAUUGAUUGAUAUACUAUGUAGCGACCCUAUAUCUAUAUCCUUCCAAACUCAAGCCUGUUACAUCCUUAACUCAACGCCACGCGAUUCUCACUCUGCCUUGUUGUUUUUCCUCUACCUCUUCUUUACUUUGUUUUAUAACUGGCGAGGGGCCUUGGCAAUCGGAAGACAAUAGGAAAACAAUCUGUUUAAGGGCUUUUUUGGACCUGAACACAGCUGUUGUAUUAGAAAAAUACGAUCUGAAAUCGUAUGUUCUUUUUUCGUUUCUAGAUCUUUCCCGGGUAAUUAACCUUUAUCAGGUCAGUUUCUUUGUGUUGAAAAUGCCAUAUAAAAUGCAGGGAUUUGGUUCAAUUGUAUGUAAACCGUACAAUAAAAUAGAUUCACUGCCAUUCACAGGUGGCCUUUGACUUGUUUAAGCUACAUUUAACCUCUCUACCUUGUUUGGUAUCUUGUGGUGCCUUAUUUAAACUGGAGUCCAAAGCCUUAUGUUAUCAAACAAGUGUAAGUGUAAAGUGUUUCAAUUCAUUCUCUGUAUUUUCUCUUUUUCUGAUGUGAUAUUUGUAACCGCUUUUGCCUUGUCGUAUAGCCUCAAAUGUGUUGUCUGUGCUUACAGUAUAUGUGGCUGUGAGGACUAGUCAUACUAGUCAUACUAUGUUGUAUGUUUAUAUAAAUAAAAAACAUGCCUUUCAGUC